UAACUUUUCUGUAUGUGCAAAACUAGUCAGUUUGUUUCGACAAACAAUGUCGGUUUUGGGGAAAACUUGGAGAUAUAUCAAUGAGGGAAAUGCUCAUAUUGUGAUUGGUAUUCAAGAAGAGAGGCUGUGUUCCGCUUAUGUGCUCCGCCUUAUCAAAGAAGAUGAAGAAGCCGUUGAUGUGAAUGAGUUGCGAAAGUCUCUAGAUUUUGUAAAUUUUAUCAUGAACCCUUUGCUUUACAAUGGAUCUGUAUGUAAACUUGAGAUAAUAGAGUUACCUACAGAAGAAUUACCAGGUUUAAUCAAUGAUUUAAAACCAUUUAGGCCAACUGAAAGGUUAUCAAAAUUUUGUAUAAGUCCUUACAGUAUAAAGACGAGAAACUUAACAGUUUUGAAUCCAGACGGUGUUAAUUAUUGUGUAGAGAUAAAACCAAAGGAAGGGUUUAUGGCACAAUGUUUUAGAAACUAUGGAAAGUGCUAUUAUUGUUUAAAACAGUAUUUGAAACUACGGCAAAAUGAAAUUCUUAACAUCAGUAAAUACUGUCCGCUUGAUUUAUUUUCUGGUGACAGGGACAGAAUGAAAUCUGCCUUGUAUCACUUAUCAGAAAACCCACAGAACAACUUCAAAAUAUUUAAAAAUGGUCAAAUUAUUUAUAAAAUGCCAAACAAAGAUCAAUUUCACGAAAUUAUAAAGAAAAUGCAUAUUUUUAAAUCAACUAGUGCAUUCUUUAGCUUUACAAUAGAAACUUUACUGUAUAAAAAUAAACAUACUCAAAUAGACAACCACUCAGAUGACGUCACUUUUAUCAAGGAGAAUAUACAUUGUCAUACCACUUCUAACCUUAAUGAGGGAACAUUGUUAUAUAAAAUACAAAGGUUACAAAGGCUAGCAGAAGAACUCACCAUAUCAACAGACAACUUAGAAGACAAGUCCUUAGACUAUGUGUCAUCAUUAUUAGAACAUAUUGACCCAGAAAAUAGUCUUCAUUGUGCGACAGAACAAGAAAAAUUCCUUGAAAAGAUAGAGCCGUUACAUAAAGCUUUAAUAUCAGCUGUAGCUAAAGACUGCUCUAUCAUGAUAGCUUUUACACCGCAGUUAAUCGUAGAUUAUGAAUAUUUCAUACAAGUGGGUGAGAACAUGAUACCAUUCAGGGCAUCCGUGGCAGAUUUAGAACCAAAACUGCCGAAGGUUUUAAGAAAAAGGGAGAAAAUGGAAAAGAAACUAGUUGAGAUUUACGAAGAACAGUUGAAAAAUGAAGGUAAUUCAACCCCAUUCGGAGACCAGAACUAAACAACUCGAAGCAUGGCAGCACCUAAUCGCAGACUACCUAAAAACUACAAAACAAUCCACCAUAGACAUAAGAGAAGCUCAGAAUAGUCCUCUAUUUAACAAUCAAUCUAUCAACCGAAAGCUAUCACAGGAGU